AUGAAGCCCUUUGCUGCUAUCUCCGCCGUGGUCUACCUGGCAGCCAUCGCACAGGGAGCUAAUGUCAAAAUCUGCAAGCAGCCCAAUCUGAAGGACUGCAAGACGGUCACUGUGCAUGACAACGCAUGCUAUGGUUUCAACGAGAAAGUCAGCUCCUUGGAUACAAAUGGCGCCCAAUGCACGUUUUGGACUAAGAAACAAUGUGACGGACAGUCUUGGAAGGCUCGGGGGAAGCAUGAGACCAUCCCGGGAGACUUCAACAACAAACUCAGCUCCGUCAAGUGCCAUUAA